UCGAUGGUGAAGGACGCAAAAGCAAUAAAACAGAGAGUUUCCCUGUCCUUCAAAAUUUGCAUUGGAAAACGGGCGCUGUGGCUUUUGCAGAGCCUCAAGAUUGCUUCUAAAAAGCAACGCCUUAUGGACAGCGAUGAGGACGACGAAGACGAGAAGGCUGACGACAGUAAAGGUUUGAGCCCCGAUCAAGAUGAAGGUUUUGACUCGAACUAUGAUAUGCCGUGCUUUGCAAGUGUCGCAGACGAUUUUACAUACGAGGUCUUGACGCCAGACACUAUCGUUUCCUACAUGAACACAACGAUUGACGACGUAAAUAACGUCAUCGAGCUGUCGAGACCGGUUGCCAGGAUACUCCUUAGUCAUUUCAAAUGGGAUAAAGAAAAGUUACUUGAAAGGUUCUACUGUGGUGAUCAAGAAACGUUGUUCCGCGAGGCACAUUUAGUAAAUCCGAUGUCCCAAACAAGUGCAAGCACGGCACAUAAACGUUCCUCGCGCUCCAAUUCAGUGUCCACAGGCCCCAUCGCGUGCGAUAUCUGCCUAGAAAUGUCUUCUCUGCUAAGCUUCGAAGGUCUUGAAUGCGGUCAUAAAUUCUGCCUACGUUGCUGGAAGGAAUAUUUGACGUCGAAAAUUAUGGACGAACAAAAAGAGAAUAUUGCUUGUCCGGCAGUAAAUUGUGAUAUUUUAGCGAAUGAAACUUUUGUAGGAAGAAUUUUGAGUGAUCAAAUAGUGAAAAGAAAGUAUCAUCAUCUCAUAGCAAAAAGUUUUGUUGUUAAUAACCGUUUAAUAAAAUGGUGUCGAGCACCUGAUUGUAUGAAUGCUGUAAAAGCAAGCUACACGGGACAAAAUGCAGUGACGUGCUUAUGUGGCCACGAAUUUUGCUUUGGUUGCGGAGAGCCCAUUCACGAACCGGUGAACUGUAGUUUGUUGAAAAAAUGGAUGAAAAAGUGCAACGACAAUAGCGAAACGGCGAAUUGGAUAUCUGCGAACACGAAGCAAACGUCGAAGCGAAUCACGGAGUCCCGCGCUUGUGACAAUAGCGAAACGGCGAAUUGGAUAUCUGCGAACACGAAGGAAUGUCCAAAAUGUCAAGUAACGAUCGAGAAAAAUGGUGGAUGUAAUCAUAUGGUGUGUCGUAACAAUAAUUGUAAGGCAGACUUUUGCUGGGUGUGCCUUGGUCCUUGGGAACCUCAUGGAUCGAAUUGGUACAGUUGUAAUCGUUACGACGAGAAAGACUCGCAAAAUGCGAGAGAGGCACAAAACAAAUCCAGAUCGUCUCUCGAAAGAUACCUUUUCUACUGUAAUCGUUAUAUGAACCAUAUUCAAAGCGCAAAGCUGGAAUUUGAGCUCGAUACGAAAGUGAAGUCAAAAAUGAACGAAAUGCAAAAAUUUAACAUGUCUGAGGUAGAGGUUCAAUUUCUUAAGAAAGCUGUCAAAGUUCUUUCCCUGUGUCGUAACACGUUGAAGUAUACCUACGUUUUUGCUUUCUACCUUCGAAAGAAUAACCAGGCCGUGAUAUUUGAGGACAAUCAGAAAGAUCUCGAAAUGGCGACGGAGACGCUCUCGGAGUAUCUGGAGCGCGAUAUCAGUUCGGAAAACCUUAGUUGUAUAAAGCAAAAGGUCCAAGAUAAGUACAGAUAUUGUGAGAUGAGACGAAAUGUCUUGCUGGAUCACGUCAAGGAAGGAUACGAGAGGGACUUUUGGAUUUUCUAAGAUAUCCCCUAACAUAUGCUUGUAUCCUUAUGUGUAUAUAUAAGUAUAUUUAUAUAUAAAUGAGAGAGAAACGCUCGCGAAUCCUGUUGAUUGGCCGCAUUGUGAGUGCAAUCACAAUCGGAUCCUGUACGAAAAACUUGCUAUCGUGCAUAUUUUGUUUUAAAAAAAAACAUGUUUCUUGUCUUGACGAUAGACUUGAAUUGUUCGAAUAGUUUAAUCGUGUCAAUAGUAACCCCCAGCUUGUGCGAGUCUGUUCAUGGAGCGUGCACGAUGUAAAGACUCCUGCGAGCGGUAGCAACCAUUUUCUUUUGUAUCAUAAUAAAAAGAACGAGAACAUUGUUA